AUGUCAUACAACAACAACAGUGAUAGCUACGGUGGUGGUUACAAUUCAUAUGGUGGUAACUCAUAUGGUGGUGGUGGUUACGGUGGUGGCCGUGGCGGUGGCCGUGGUGGAUUCGGUGGCCGUGGUGGUGGCCGUUACGAUGAAAGAGUAGAAUUAAACACCCCUGAGUGGGAUAUUGAUUCAUUGCCAAAAUUCGAAAAGAACUUCUAUAACGAACAUCCAGAUGUGACUGCUCGUUCCGUUCAAGAUGUCAACGCCUUUAGAAAGGAACAUGACAUGAAAUGUGAUGGUACUGACAUUCCAAAGCCAAUUACUAGCUUUGACGAAGCUGGAUUCCCAGACUACGUUUUAAAGGAAGUUAAGCAACAAGGAUUUCCAAAGCCAACCUCGAUUCAAUGUCAAGGGUGGCCUAUGGCUUUAAGUGGUAGAGAUAUGGUUGGUAUUGCUUCUACCGGUUCCGGUAAGACUUUAUCGUACUGUUUACCAUCUAUUGUUCACAUCAACGCCCAACCAUUGUUGAGUCCUGGUGAUGGUCCUAUUGUAUUGGUUUUGGCUCCAACCAGAGAAUUGGCGGUUCAAAUUCAACAAGAAUGUUCCAAGUUUGGUUCUUCUUCUAGAAUUAGAAACACCUGUGUCUACGGUGGUGCUCCAAAGGGUCAACAAAUCAGAGAUUUAGCCAGAGGUGUUGAAAUUUGUAUUGCUACUCCUGGUAGAUUGAUUGAUAUGUUGGAAACUGGCAAGACUAACUUGAGAAGAGUCACCUACUUAGUUUUAGAUGAAGCUGAUAGAAUGUUAGAUAUGGGGUUCGAACCUCAAAUCAGAAAGAUUGUCGAUCAAAUUAGACCUGAUAGACAAACUUUGAUGUGGUCUGCUACUUGGCCAAAGGAAGUUCAAGCCUUAACUAGAGAUUACUUGAACGAUCCAAUUCAGGUCACCGUUGGUUCAUUAGAGUUAGCUGCUUCCCACACAAUUACUCAAUUAGUUGAAGUUGUUACUGAAUUUGAAAAGCGUGACAGAUUAAUCAAGCAUUUGGAAACGGCUACUGCUGAUCCAGAAGCUAAGUGUUUAAUUUUCGCUUCUACUAAGAGAACUUGUGAUGAAAUCACUAACUACUUAAGAGCCGAUGGAUGGCCUGCAUUAGCCAUUCAUGGUGACAAACAACAAGGUGAAAGAGACUGGGUCUUAAAGGAAUUCAAGACCGGUAAAUCUCCAAUUAUGGUUGCAACCGAUGUUGCAGCCCGUGGUAUUGAUGUCAAGGGUAUCUCUUACGUCAUUAACUUAGAUAUGCCUGGUAAUAUCGAGGAUUACGUCCAUCGUAUUGGUAGAACCGGUAGAGCCGGUUCUACCGGUACUGCGGUUUCCUUCUUCACCGAUAACAACUCUAAGUUAGGUGGUGAUUUAUGUAAAAUCAUGAGAGAAGCUAACCAAACCAUUCCUCCUGAAUUAAUGAGAUUCGAUAGAAGAAGUUUCGGUAGUCACAUAAGAUACGGUAGAGGUGGUGGCCGUGGUGGUUUCAGAGGUGGCCGUGGUCGCGGUGGUUUCAGAGGUGGCCGUGGAGGUUACCAAUCUGGUUCCAACAGUGCUCCACUCGGUAACGCCCGUCGUUACUAA